AAGCUUGUAAAAUAUUGUGGGUCGAGUUUGACUAGCAAGGUCUUGGUGUUUGUUUAUGUAUUUGUGGUGGCUCUGAAACUCAAGAACAGAGGAGAAGAAUCUCAUCCCUUCACUACUUUCUCAUCAAUUAAUAGACAGGAAUUUGAUGUUGUGGUCAAGGCAAGUAUGGGUGUUUGGAAGUCUAGUAGCUGGAUUAUUGCUACUUGGGGUUGCUCAAGCACAGAAUAGGACUCAACCUACUACAGAUGCUAAUGAUGCAAGAAUUGUGAACUCUAUCUUCCAAAGAUGGGGCAUAAAAGCAAACCAGAAUCAGUGGAAUAUAAGCGGAGAGCCUUGCAGUGGAGACGCCUUGGACACAGCUUCUGCCACAAUCGAUGAUGGGACUCACAACCCAUUUAUCAAAUGCACCUGCUCUUUCAACAAUGGCUCCACUUGCCGCGUUAGUGCACUGAAAGUCUAUGCAUUGGAUGUUGUGGGUGCAAUUCCUGAUGUGCUAUGGAAUUUGACGUACCUCACAAAUCUGAAUUUAGCUCAAAAUUAUUUGACGGGUCCCCUGCCUUCAACCAUUGGAAAUUUAAUUCGUAUGCAAUACUUAAGCAUUGGCAUUAAUGCACUAUCAGGGGAGCUUCCAAAGGAACUGGGUUUGUUAACUGAUUUAAGAUCAUUUGGAUUUGGAACAAACAAUUUCUCUGGUCCUCUACCAUCCGAGCUUGGGAAUUUAUUAAAAUUAGAGCAAAUAUAUUUUGAUAGUGCUGGAGUAAGCGGUAAGAUCCCUUCGACAUUUGCUAAUCUGCAGAACAUGGUUAUAGUGUGGGCAUCAGACAAUAAUCUCACUGGCAGGAUUCCUGACUUUAUAGGAAACUGGACAAAGCUUACAACGUUGAGAUUUCAAGGAAACUCUUUUGAAGGUCCAAUUCCGUCAACGUUUUCUAAUCUAACAGCUCUGACAGAGUUGCGAAUAAGUGACAUAUCUAACGGGGGCUCCUCAUUGGCGUUUAUGAAGAAUAUGAAGUCUCUAACUAUCUUGGAGCUAAGGAAUGAUAAUAUCUCUGAUUCAAUUCCAUCAGACAUAGGAGAAUACCCGAGCUUGACACAACUGGAUUUGAGCUUUAAUAGGAUAAUUGGCCCUAUUCCUGACUCGCUCUUCAAUCUGGGUUCUCUUACCCAUUUGUUCCUAGGAAACAAUGCGCUGAACGAAACUCUUCCUGUGGAAAAAAGCUCGUCUCUUAGCAACAUAGAUGUUUCAUAUAACAAUCUCAUGGGAAGCUUACCAUCUUGGGUCAGCAAUGAAAACUUACAACUUAACUUGGUUGCCAACAACUUCAUGAUAAAGGGUUCAAAGAUCAGUGGUUUGCCAUCGGGACUCAUCUGUCUUCAAAAGAACUUUCCUUGCAAUCGAGGCCGUGGAAGGUAUUAUAACUUUGCAAUUAAGUGUGGGGGUCCACAGAUUACAUCUUCUAAUGGAGGAACUGUGUAUGAGAGGGAUAAUGAAACUCUUGGUCCAGCAAACUAUUUUGUUACUGACACAAACAGGUGGGCAGUUAGUAACGUUGGACUGUUUGCUGGGAUUUCAUCUCAAUCCACAGACAGUCUAGACUCAGAACUGUUCCAGACAGCACGUGUCUCACCAUCAUCACUGAGGUACUAUGGCUUGGGCCUCGAGAAUGGCAACUACAUUGUGAACCUCCAGUUUGCAGAAAUUUCUAUUGACGACUCCACUACAUGGAAAGGUCUCGGGAGACGUCUCUUUGAUAUUUAUAUCCAGGGAAACCGUGUUUUACAGGAUUUUGACAUAAAAAAGGAGGCAGGUGGAGUUUCUAACAGAGCUGUUCUGAGGAAUUUUACGGCUCAGGUGACAGAAAACUAUUUAGAAAUUCAUCUGUUCUGGGCUGGAAAAGGCACUUGUUGCAUCCCAUCACAAGGAACAUAUGGACCUUCUAUUUCAGCCAUCAGUGCGACCCCAGAUUUCAUACCCACUGUUAGUAACAUUCCUCCUGGAAUCAAGAUCAGGAACAAUAGAACUGGUCUUAUUGUGGGUGUUGUUCUUGGUGUAGGAGCUGCAUGUCUUUUAGCUUUAUUUUUCAUUUCCUUUAUUGUCCAAAGAAAAAGGCGCCAGGCUUAUGAAGACGAAGAGCUCAUGGGAAUAGAUACCAAACCUUACACUUUCAGCUAUGCUGAACUGAAGACUGCUACAGAAGACUUCAACCCUUCCAGUAAGCUUGGAGAGGGAGAAUUUGGACCUGUUUAUAAGGGAAAACUCAAUGAUGGGAGACUAGUUGCUGUGAAGCAACUCUCUGUGAGAUCCCAUCACGGAAAGAGCCAAUUCGUGGCAGAGAUUGCUACCAUAUCUGCAGUGCAACACCGUAACCUUGUUAAGUUGUGUGGAUGCUGCAUUGAGGUAGAUCGACGACUCCUUGUCUACGAGUAUAUGGAAAACAAGAGUCUUGAUCAGGCGUUAUUUGGCAAGACGCAUCUGAAACUAGACUGGCCAACACGAUAUAAUAUAUGCUUGGGGAUAGCUCGAGGCCUUGCUUAUCUUCAUGAGGAAUCAAGGCUCCGUAUUGUACACAGAGAUGUGAAGGCUAGCAAUAUUCUGCUGGACUCUAAUCUUGUCCCCAAAAUUUCAGAUUUUGGUUUGGCCAAGCUAUAUGAUGAUAACAAGACCCACAUAAGCACACGCAUUGCUGGAACAAUUGGAUAUCUUGCUCCGGAGUAUGCCAUGCGUGGACACCUUACAGAGAAGGCUGACGUAUUUGCCUUUGGUGUCGUGGCUCUUGAAAUCAUUAGUGGGAGGCCAAAUUCUGACUCGAGUUUGGAUGCAGAAAAGGCAUAUCUUCUUGAUUGGGCUUGGCAGCUACAUGAAACCAAUCGUGAAUUUGAACUGGUGGACUCCAAUCUUUUAAACUUUGACGAGGAAGAAGUAAAACGUAUGAUGGGAGUCGGUCUUUUGUGCACUCAGGCAUCGCCACAUUUAAGACCUUCAAUGUCACGAGCGAUGGCGAUGAUUUCUGGAGAUAUUGAAGUGAGCACUGUAACUUCAAGGCCCGGAUACUUCAUGAAUGAAAAUGCUACUCAAGUAAGCAAUGGGAGUCAUUACAACUCGCUCACAAGUACAAACAUGGUCGCCAAUGCACUGGGUUCCCCUGGAGAGGCCACUACACCCAUGCUAACUGAGAUUAUUGGUAGAUAAGACUGGUUUUGGGGAACAAUAUAUGUAUAUAAUUGUCAAAUCAUAUUGAUUGGCUACCAUUUUUUUUAUUUUGGUUAUUCCACUGUCAUUUUUGGGAUCAUGAAAUACAAGGUAUAUAAUUUUCAAGAGAUAGUGAAUAGUUGGGA